UUUAACUAAAAAACAUUUUGAUAUGCCAUAAUAAAUGUGAACAUUUUCAUUUUAAUAGUUGCCACAUAUUUAAAUCAAUUUAUAAUUUCCGUAUAGGUAUUUCUUUCACUCACCAUAUGCCUGUUCAAAAGACGUUUUCACAUAAAAAUGCCUCUGUAAUUAUGCCACUUUUGUUUCCAAAAAUUUACUUUAAUGAUUCUCUUUUGUUUAUCGAGUGGUAAAGUGUUUUCUUAAUUAUAAGUACUAACAAUUCAAAUAUUGGCGAGAAGGUAUAAAAUUAAAAUUGAUUUUAUGUUGAAUCAUUGAAAGGCUGCCCCCCCUUCUCCUCACCAAAUGUAUAAAGAACAUUAUUUUAAAAAGAUUAUUUUUUUAAACUACCUUUUGUUCAGUAAAAUCCAUAUCUUAAAAUGUUUUUAAUUAACCAUAAAUCGCUAACAUGAAAAGUUAGGGAAUAUUAAUAAGGUUUUUUUAUUUUAAGUAUUGACAUUCUUUUCUUGUAAAAUUUUCACCGUUUGUUGAGUUAAUAUUAAUUUAUUGUUUUCUGAUAACUACAGAUAUAUUAUAAUUUUUUGCAGAUAGGAGUAUAUCGUAAGCAAAAUAUUUUUAGUUAACCUAAUAUACCAUCAUAAUUCGAUGAUUCUCAUUUAGUAAUCGAGCCCAGAAGGUUCCAGAAUUAUUAGUUGUUAAUCACCGGUGUCAUGGAUCAGGUCACUGUGUUAAAAGAAAAAGGAAAUGCUGCACUGCAAGAAGGAAAAUUUCUUGAGGCAGUUGAUUUCUAUGGACAAGGCAUUAACCUUGAUAGUAAAAACCAUGUUUUGUUCAGUAAUCGCUCUGCAGCUUAUGCUAAAGCUGGAGAAUACUUAAAAGCUUUAGAAGAUGCAGAAAUGACUGUAAAAUUGAAACCUGAUUGGGGAAAGGGUUACUCAAGAAAAGGUAGCGCAUUAGCUUAUUUAGGUCGUCAUAAGGAAGCUAUCGAAGCAUAUGAAGAGGGAUUAAAAUUUGAUCCGAACAAUGCUCAGUUGAAGGAAGGUUUUUCACAUCCAUUUUCUGCUGCAGAUGUGUAUACUAAGUUAAGAAACGAUCCAAAGACAAAGGAAUUUUUGGAUGAUCCAUCAUAUAUUAAACUUAUCGAGCAGCUAAGGAACAAUCCCAACGACUUGAGCUUGUUGAUGUCGGAUAAAAGAGCUCUUGUAACCAUGGGUGUAUUGAUGGGCAUUGAUUUAGACAUCAGUAAUGAAGCUGAGAAAAUGGAUGUUGAUCCCCCCAAACCCACAAGUCAGCACGAACCCCCUAAAUCUAAAGAUGAUCCUGAUAGGGAUCUCACACCAGAACAGCGUGAGGCCAAAAAGGAAAAAGACUUAGGAAAUGAAGCCUACAAAAAGAAAGAUUUUGUUACUGCUCUUCAGCACUAUAACAGAGCUGUUGAAAUAAAUCCUUCUGAUAUUACUUACCAUAAUAAUAUUGCAGCUGUAUAUUUUGAACAAAAAGAUUACGAACAAUGUAUAAGCCAAUGUGAGAAAGCAAUUGAAAUUGGUAGAGAAAAUAGAGCCGACUUCAAACUUAUUGCCAAAGCUUUCACUAGGAUAGGAAAUGCUUACAAAAAAUUAGAGAACUGGUCCAAAGCUAAAAUUUAUUUUGAAAAAGCCAUGUCAGAACAUCGAACUCCAGAAAUAAAAGCUCUGUUGUCUGAUGUAGAAAAGAGAAUUAAGGAAGCGGAAAAAAAGGCGUAUGUAGAUCCAGAGAAAGCUGAAGAAGCUAAGGAAAAAGGAAAUGAGCUGUUUAAAAAUGUUAAAGGAUGGAUUAGAAAAGGUAAAAUUUUACAAGGUAUGCAACAACCAAGUAAGGCACUUAGUGUUUAUCAAAAAGCAUUGGACAUGGAUCCUACAAAUGCGGAAGCUCUUGAGGGUUACAAACAGUGUUCAGUAGCCGUUAAUUCUAAUCCUGAAGAAGUAAGGAAACGUGCUAUGGCUGAUCCUGAAGUUCAAGCUAUAUUAUGCGAUCCAGCUAUGAGGUUAAUUUUGGAACAAAUGCAGAAUGAUCCUAAGGCCUUACAAGACCAUUUGAAGAACCCAGACAUUGCCCGAAAGAUCCAAAAAUUACUAAAUUCUGGAUUAAUCGCCUUUCACUGAAAUGCAGCACCUUUAUUCCUGUUGUUUUCUUAAUUUUUUAGUUGUAUAAGUUCCUUAUCGGAAUAAUCUUUUUUUUCACAAAUAAAUAUUUAUUUGUUUAUUAUUUGUUUUUUGAAAAUUUGUAAUACAUAAUUUGUAUUUUGUGAAACAUAGGCUCCUGGUUGGUUGUUUAUAUUUUUUUUUAAUUUUUCUACUUUAGAUUUUAUUUCAUUUUUGUAAUUUUGUCACUUAUUUCUUUAUUAAAUUUUACCUUAGCUUUCGGUGAGGUAUCCCUUCCAAAAUAAAUUAUUUUCUACUAUUUGAUAUUUAUAAACUAUUUAAAUGGGAAUUUUAAAUACACUUUUAUUCUUUGAAAACAAAUAUGUAUAUAGAAAACUUUUUUAGUUUUCUUUUCGAAAUUCAAAUAAAUUUACAUUUACUGAAACAAAAUUCUUUUAUUAGCUAACGUUGUUUUAGUUCUUUAUUUGUAUGAUCAUCUGAUUUUCCUCUAUGAUAAUUAUUUUUUAUUAUUAAAUAAUAAAAAUAAUAACUCAAAUAAACUAAAUCCAGCAAUAAGCCUAUGUGCUAGUUCAAAUUUUAUUAUUUAUUUGUUCACUUUGGUGGCCUGUGAAGUUAACACAAUUUAAAUUUUGUUAGUGAUGAUUUAGCGAUAUUAAAUUUCAGAUUUAAUUCUUUCCCCACCUUAGAAUUGAAGUUGUUAUUUUUUUAAUAAUUAUAACUAGGUAUGUUUCAAAGAAUAGUUAACUAAAUUGAGAUGUACAAGAAUAAACAGUACAUCUAUAUUUUGUAUCGAAAAUUUUAAUCCUUUAAUUAGUCCUGAUAAUUGACUGCUAUUAUUUGUCUGUACAUAUUACCUGAUAUUUUUACAGUCUUAUUUUUUUAGUUUUAAGUUUAUCAAACAUGUGUAUGCAUGAAUAUGUUGUAAUAUACUUCUUUUGUAAUGCUUGGAUUAUGAAAUGAACAUUAAUAUUAUUAAAAAUUACUUCAUUAUAUGGAUUUAAGUUUGUGUUAAAGAAUUCUAAUUAUUUUCUGUUCAGGUUCAUGUGAAAAUUUGUCCUCAUGUAUUCAUUUUAUUAAAAAAUUUUUUUUUCAAAUUAUUAACUAAUAA